UACAGGGACUAAAAAGAAUAUAGGAAUCAGAUUAGACAAAUUUAAUAGUUUAAAACAAGUAGGCUCUGAAGCCCUUCAUAUAUAACACACCAUCGCUCACCAUAUUUCUUUCUGAGUUCUCUUAUUCCUCAACCUUUCUACCUCUCAAAUGGGUUCAGCUGCAGUACUUGCAGGCGAAGUGAGGGAACACCUCCUUCUCAACGUUGACCCUGAUCAUCCUCAAGACCAGACACCGCCGACCACAACAUCAAAACUACAAGUCAAGAAUCUAAGCAAAGUAUCAGACACAGGCGAAGCAAUACUCAGAGGAGUCAACUUAGAGAUACCGAGGGGUAAGGUUACCGGGAUCAUCGGCCCCAGCGGCAGCGGCAAAUCGACGGUCCUCCGCGCUCUCAACCGCCUGUGGGAGCCCUCACCGGCCACCGUGUUUCUCGACGGUGACGAUAUCUGCGGGCUUGAUGUGCUGUCUCUCCGGAGGAAGGUCGGUAUGCUGUUCCAGCUCCCUGCCUUGUUUGAAGGUAAGUUGUACCUAGUUGAUUCCAUGAUCAUCAAAAGGAAUUGUUUGUUGAUUGAUUGAUUGAUUUAGUAUAAUGAGAGUUUAACUAGAUAGCUAAUCAUUGAUUAGAUGGCCGGCAUAUUUCGUGGAUGAUGCAUGUAUUCCGUCAACUUCAUUGUUGGGCCACCAAGAAUUUCAGCAUAAUUCUUUAUGCUUCAAUCAU